AUGGCGACGCAAACUAGCAAAACGCCAAAUGAAUCCCGCACCGUCGCCACAAAGGUGGCCAAGCGAAAGCUGAACCGACUCCUACUUUCUUCUCUUCUCUUCUCUCAGCAAUCUGAGUCGUAUCUCAUUCUCAGCCUUCUUCAUGAGUCAAGCUCUGGAAUGCUGGUUACUGGAAUUGACUUGUCAAAUCUAAUUCUGAUACCGAUGAAAACAGAACAAGUAAUGAAGCAGCUGAAACCAACUUUUUUCAGGAAUGUUGUGAAAGAUAUUCCAAGACCUGGUCCAAGUUCUCCAGGAGACAACAUGAAAGUUAACGUGGUUGAUUGCAAAGCGCAGGAACUUGUUUCUCCAAAUGCUCCUUUAGAAGAGGACAGACCUGGGGAAGUAAAAAUGGAGGCUUCCAUAACACCAGAUGAUGUUAUACGAGCUGGUGGCUUUGGAGCUAGAGAUGAUAUAAAUAGCUUUCUUCCUGUUGCAAGUGAUUCAACAGGCUUUGAAGCAACAAUCCUUGAUGCUAGAAACUAUGAAGAGCCACAGGGAGAAAUACAAAGACCAGGUCUUGACUGGACAGAAGCGACAGAAAGGAAGCAGUUGUUUUGCCAGUCCUUGAGACCUAGUUGCCACAGACAACUUUUUCUGGUGGUUCUGGCUUCUGAUAUUUUGUGGCAUGUUCGUAACAUGUAACUCCGUGGUUUAAAUUUAUUAAUUAUUUAUUUCAUGUUUCUGUUUGCAUGAUUUUGGUAUUCAUGAAAUACAGAUAGACGCUUGCUCCUCGCUCAAAGAAAUAAAAGAAAUUUAAGUUCAUGAUCCGUUUAAAAAUCAUCAUGAGCUAAUACUAUAAGCCCUCUUUACAGAA